GUUUUUUCCUUGCUCGUUUCAGAAGAAUGGAACCCACCCGGCGAUUCUAAUUUCUAGGGAUCGAAGCCAGCAAGCAGCUGCCUUGCCCUCUCUCUCGCUGUCUCUCACUCCCUACCGAGCCCGAGCCCUGCAGCUUGCACUCUGCCCUCCCAGGCGAUCCGAACCCGCUGGAGCCGCGGCUGAGCUGCUGCAAAAAUCCUCAGAGCGAGCAUACGACAUAGAUGAUUCUUUUGCAAUCUCAUUCCCGGUUCCUCCUUCAGACCCUGUUGAAUCGUGUUCAGAAUGCCCUGCUGCGGACAUGAGUUGCAGUUCGGCCGUUAAGGGCCUCCAUGGCUAACUGUUAAACACAAGAAAUUGGGUUGGCCUAUCGUAGUUUUCUCUAUAUGUGGUGCUUCCACAAACCAUGGGUUUGAGUGUUGAUAAAGGAGUUGAACUAGACUAUCAAUGGGUUGAAUUUGACGAUGUCCGAUACCAUGUCCAGGUGUCGACGAAGAACCCACAUAUUGUGCUACUCUCGUUAUCAUUGCCUAUUCCACCUCCAGAAACUGAUUUCCCUGGUGGACUUCCUUCUGGAGCUAUUGAAGCUAUAAAAGUUUCCUAUGGCGUGGUCGUGCAAAUUCUUGAUCCUCCAAGAGAUGGCUUUAAUCUCACACUGAAAUUAAAUCUUUUGAAGCUUCCUCCUGAUGAAGAUUACAAACAGUCUUUGUUGGUUAAGAUUGCCUCUGUUAGGGAAAUAGUAUUAGGUGCCCCGCUGAGAAUGGUAUUAAAACGUCUUGGUUCAAGGAUGAUGAUUCCAAAUGGGAAUCAACUUAUUGCGCUAGUCCACCGACCUAAGGAGGCAUUUUUCGUAAUUCCUCAGGUAGAAAAGGUAAUUGUUGUGUACCCAAUGAGGUUCAGUGACUCGAUAGAUACGGUUCUAGCGACUUCUUUCCUUCAGGAGUUUGUGGAAGCAAGGCGGACAAGUGGACUAAAUAAUGCUCCUUCUUGUUCAUGGUCUUCUACCCCUCCCCUUGAGCUAAAGAAAGUUCCUCCUGAAGCAUUAUCAGCAAAUGCUGGAUUCGUAAGUUUUGUAAUUUUCCCACGUCAUGUAGACGGCAGAAAGUUAGACCGCACAGUUUGGAGUCUAUUAACUUUUCAUGCAUAUGUUAGUUACCAUGUGAAGUGCUCGGAGGGCUUUAUGCAUACUCGGAUGCGACGACGUGUGGAGUCCAUGAUACAGGCCCUGGACCGUGCCAAACCUGACGGGGAGAAAGCCAAGAGAUCCCCCAACAGCAGAUCCUUCAAACGACUGAGCCUCAGAGAAGCACGGACAAAUUCAAACUCAUGAAGCUGCGGCUGAUGUACUAUGGUUCAAACAUUGAGAGAACUGAAGACGAUUGUUCAGUUGAGUUGCUUCUGUGGGGCCGUACCACAACUGCUGUCACAGGCGCACUGCAAAUUCUCCUGAUGUCACUGAUCCGCUCGGAUCAACUUGGAGUUUUGGUCAGUUUUGCCCAUACCGGGAUGUCUUGUAGUUGAUGCUUCUUCUCCACAUUUUUGCAAUGAAGAUUGUACAUUAUUCUUUUCGAGUACCAGGACAUCUCUGGUCUUAUAGAUUCAAGUUUUGCUUUUCGUAUAAAGCAGAGGAUUGUUAGCUCUCAUUAUCUUCAUCCGGCAAGUUUUACUGAUUCCCCAUGUUGCGGUUAGAAGUGUAUAGAAUUUGUUCUGUUGGACACUUUUACCAUGCGAAAAUUCUGCAAGAUUGUCAAAUAGCCGAGUCUAUUAUAUGGUCAUUAGAUCUUAUUUAUUACCAAA